GGAAGGAAGCGGCUCCCGCGUGCCCAUGGAGCCCGGAGGGUCGCAGCCGGUGAGCCGUAAAGGCCCUCGGCGCUCCGGGGGCCAGAAGGAUUUCCUCCCCGACGGCUCAGCCGAGCAGGCGGAGAAGCUGCGGCGGUGGUGGGAGGAGGAGUGGCAGCUUCUGUCCGAGGAGCGAGGGGAGCGGCUAGGGAAUCUGGUGAAAGCUGAGUGGAAGCCAGAACAGGGCAUUAUAGAGCUGCAGUCCCCUGCGGGGAAGUUCUGGCACACCAUGGGGUUCACAAAGCAUGGCAAACAGUGCCUGCUGCCUGAGGAAGCUCUGUACCUGCUGGAGUGUGGCUAUAUCCAGCUCCUCUACAGAGAUCUGCCCAUGUCAAUCCAGGAAGCCUAUGAGACCCUGCUGUCCCAGGAGGCCAUGAGCCUGUCAUACUACCAGGUGUUCAGCCACUUGAAGCAACUGGGUUAUAUUGUACUGAGAUUCGACUCCAGCACUGUCCUUUCUCCCUAUGAGAGGCAACUGAACCUGGAAAGUCACUGCCAGAGCUCUGGGAAACACCAUUGCAAGAGGAGGAGGAGUUCCAGCCCCCGGUUGCAUGGAAAGAAACAUAAGGUAUCUGAGGACCUUCCAAAAGCUGAAGGAACCUCUGAAAAAGCUGGAGAUGAGUGCGGAGGAUCCAGCUGCCUUCCUGUGGAUGAAAAGCCCUUGUCAGAGCAGCCAGAGGAAUCAGAUGCUGGCAGUGGACAGAAGUCAAACUCAGUUCCUCUUGCUACAGGACAAAAGGACUCCCUGAGCCCCUCCAGGAGCCAGGCUGGAGACCACCAGGCACACACCCCGGGCACCCGUGCACCCCGCUGGGAUUUUACCACCAUCAUCUUGCCAAACAUGGCCCCAGAUCAGCCGUGCACCCAUCUGCCCUCACCUGACAAUGGGCUCCUGCCAGAAAAUGUGCCAGGGAGGGAGGUUGAUGCAGCUUGGUGGUGCACACGCAUUAAUCAGAGACGGGAGAAGCUGUCAUGGAAGGAGAGGGAGCGGCAAGAAAGGGAGAGCAGAUACAAGAGCAGUGUCAAUGCUGACCAGGAGGUGAGACGCUGCUCCAACUGGCAGGAGUACAAAGCCCUUCUGAAGCAGAGGAGCCAAGAGAGAGUUUGGAAACGACCAGCACAUCUGUGGGACCAAACUGUCACACCACUUCUGCAGCCAGAUGAAGCUACCUCACCAGCUGCGCUCCUCCAGCAGAUCAGCGUGCUGCAGCCCUCCCACAUCCUGGAUGGAGCCUCCCGGCUGACAGAGGACUCAGGGGGCAUGAAGAUAGACUUCAAUGUGUAUCAAGCAGAUGCUGUGGCCAAGUUUAAAAAGACAAACCCUGGGAAGCCCUAUGUCAGGAUGUGUGUUCGGAGCUUUGACGAGCAGGUUCCAUCCCUUCGGGCUCUGAAGCAGGUUACGUGUCAGAGUGGGGAUGUCCCAGUGGUCUUUGCAGUGGUGGAACACGGAGAAAUUGCCUUUUAUUCUCUAAAGGAAUUCAAGCUGCCAAUUGAUGUUUAUCCCUGAAAGUGCUGUCGUUUUGUUUGAUAAUUUCUGUGUUCUGUUUGGAGGUGGGGAGAAGGAUGAGCAAUAAAAAGGCCUUUUCCAACAGUG